AUGGUUAAAAACAAAAAAAUUAUUGAUGAGUUACAAUUAUUUAAUAAAGCAAUUGAAGAUUACGAAAAAGAAAAUUAUAUGACUUCGUAUAUUGCCAGCAAUUAUUACUCAACCCUAUCAAAUGAUGCAAAAUUUUGGUUAGCAAAGCAUCUAGAAUUUGGUUAUGGUGCUAGUAAAAAUGAAAAGAAAGUCUUCGAAUACUAUUCACAAGUUUAUGAUAGUAAAUCAAUUUAUAGAGAAAAAGCCAGAAAUCGUUUAAUAUACUGUUAUUAUUAUAGUAUUGGUACUGAUAAAGAUGAAAGUAAAGUUCGUCAACUUUAUAUUUUAAAACUAUUAAGAAAUUAG